CAGAUGCGCUUCAUGCUGCUGUUCAGCCGGCAGGGCAAGCUGCGGCUGCAGAAGUGGUACACGGCCACCUCGGAGCGCGACAAGAAGAAGAUGGUGCGCGAGCUCAUGCAGGUCGUGCUGGCCAGGAAGCCCAAGAUGUGCAGCUUCCUGGAGUGGAGGGACCUCAAAAUCGUCUACAAGAGGUAUGCUAGUCUGUAUUUUUGCUGUGCAGUCGAGGAACAGGACAACGAGCUCCUCACGCUGGAAGUCAUCCACCGUUUCGUGGAGUUGCUGGACAAAUACUUUGGCAGUGUGUGUGAGCUGGACAUCAUCUUCAACUUCGAGAAGGCCUACUUCAUCCUGGAUGAGUUCCUCAUGGGUGGCGAGAUUCAGGACACCUCCAAGAAGAGCGUGCUUAAGGCCAUCGAGCAGUCCGACCUGUUGCAAGAGGAGGACGAAUCCCCGCGGAGCGUACUGGAGGAGAUGGGUCUGGCAUAGCCUCGCUGACGCCUGGGACUGAGUCAGAUGCUGGGACACAGUGAAUGAUGGAUUUACGGGAUUAGGAGCUUGGGAGUGUCGUGGGAAGAAAAUGAGUUUGGCCGGGUGGGUGUGGGUGGUGGGGUGGGACAGAAAGUACAGGCCAGGAGGGGAUGGGUUGGGGGUGGGGGGUGGGUAGGAUGAUUCUCACUCAAGGGACGACAGUGCUUGAUUUCCUUUCCAAUCUAAAUAACUUUUGAAAUGGAUCAAGGACAAAAAAAAAGGUUCAAGGGGAAUCAUGGUCAAGAGAUUCCUGGAAAAUGUUUAAUAUUGUCGGUUCAGAAAGAAACAUUAUUGUUUGAUGCCCAAGACGGGUCUCUGUUGGUCUGAAGUCCUGCAAGGGCUCCAGCUUUUGUAUUAUUUCUGAGCGGGCAAAGAGAGGACCGUCUUCAACACAGAGUAUGCAAAGUGGCUUAUAGGAGGAGUGCCAGGGAUGUCUCGGCUGAAAUCCUGCCCCCCCCCCCCCAGACCAGCUCUGAUGUGUUGGUGCUCCCCCCAGUUUUUCAGGGAGCGCCCAAGACUCUUCAGCCCAGUCACUUGGUCAUGAACUGCGCUUGGUUCUGUCCUCUGCAUGGCCCCAGCUCGAGUUCGUGACCAAGUCACAGGAGUUGAGGUGAGUGAGAUGAAUUGCUAGGAACUCCCAGUUCACGCCUCCGCUGUGCCUCUACUGGGAAGGAUCUAAGCAGUGUGGAGCUCUUUUGAGGUUUGCAUCAAGAGGUCUGGGGUGUCAGGCUUGGUGUGUCUGUUAUAGCCCCACUGGCCACUUCAUGGCCAGGCCUUGGGGGAACUUGUGGAUUUGUUGAGACCGCAGCUUCUGUGUGCAUCGUCCUCCUAUCUCAGCCCCUGUGUUAACUGCCCCCGCUGCUGUCUUUUUCCCCACUGCCCCGGAUCCACACGACUCCCAGUGUUUUCACCACACAGAGCCUUCAGGUGGCGCCGGCGAGGAGCUGUGUGGGAUGCAGCUGACUGGGGGCAGGCAGGUUUGAGCCAUGUGAGUUGGUGGGUGUGAUCUCAUGCUGACACUGGGGGAGAUACGCUCCCAGCUGGAGCUGAUGUGGUUUGGUUACUCUUAAGCACAACUCUUUCACGUGGGUGUUCUGUGAUUGUGCCGUUCUGAUGAAAGGAUGCCCACUGAAGGAGCGUCACUAAACAGUGAACCCGCGCAGACCACCAAACAGUGCAAUGAAAAGAUUUUUAAUGCUAUUUAUUAAUCCAUAUAAUUCCUGAUACUCUAAAUGAUUCUUCCAUCCCAAGUACUUUACAAAAUUCCAGAUGUUUUCAGCAUUUUACUUUACAACAUUCCAAGGACUUUUAUAUUUUCAGUUUCUGGGGCAUAUUCCAACUGAUUUUUGCAGCUUUAGCUUCGGCUGUAGAAAUGUGGAUCCGUGUGCCGCACACGUGUAACGGGGGUCACGCGUGUUGCAGGGAAACCCAUUCUCCCACUGUAGGGAAGGCGCUCUGAAGUUUCAUCAGCAGGGGCCCAUCAGGAAGCUGGCCUCCAGUUAACCAUGUUUGUGCGUGGCUGUGCAGUGGUAAGGAUGGUAAUAUGCUAACCUCGAAGGUUGACUUCACACAAUACCCUAACAUUUUAAAUCAUAUUUGCAUCCACUCUGUUUCCCCAUCAUUACAAUGUCUAGUGCUGUUUCCUGACUUUACUGGACUCAGGAUCUCGGUGUGUAAUGAUGGUGAGCUAUAGCAAUACCUGUUGCCCUGUUUUUUGCUACUCAAGGUAGAGUUUGUGUCCUUGAGCUAUGUUACUGCAAGCCUCCACCCCCCUCUUUCUGUACUGUACUCUGUAAUUACUGCAGACUAGUUCUAGGGUAAUUUAUUACUGUAACAUGCAUUCCAUUUCUCUGACUAGAGAGGUAGAUUACCCUUGUGCACCAUGUUUAGCAAGAUAGAAGCUGUUUCGUGGAAGAAUGGUUUCUUUGUAGUGCCCCGAGUAUCAGGGCCCUCCUGGGUAAGACUGUCCCCUGCUAUUCAAACUGAAUGCACCCUCUUGGUGGGUUUGGGGUGUUUUUAUAUCAAUUUUAAGCAUAAGGAUCUCCCAGUUAUUUUUUAGCAUCUUAUCCACCCAGCUCAGAAUUGUCUUUUUGUUCCAGAUUCAGCUUGUGCUCACGAUUUUAAUAAGCAUGCAGGGGAAAUUCUUUUCGUGACAGCUGUGGGGUGCCCACAUCCACUGCGGUGUCCUUUCAGGAAGCCCUCCUGGUGUUUUUACAAUGCGUGCGACUGACAAGCCUGUGGAUCAGUGCUGGGGAUGGGGGGGGGGGUCUCAGGGAAAUGGGGCAUCAUUGCCUUUGGAAGAAGGCGGUGUCCUUCUGCUGUAUGACGACAGAGAUGAAAAAGGGAAUUGUGUGUGAAUGGAAUUUUAUAAUAAAACCAAGCUGAGUAUGUGA